GUUUUGUUUAGCUGGCUGGGACCAAAGACGAAGUAACAUUAGUGUGUGUACGGAAGCUGAAAAUUCUACUUUUCUGUUUAUAUAUAUGCUCAAGAAGAAAAUUGUUAAAGAGCUUGUUAUGUGUCUCAAAAAAAUAUUAAAUGUCAUCAAGUAAAAUCCGGAAUAAGCAUUUGGUCUCCAUGCAAUGGUAAUUUGCUUCAAUCAUCUUCAUUAAUUCCUGUGGCAGUCAGUUUUGAGAAUUGCAGAAAAACAAAUUUAUAGAGAAAUUGAAUAAUGUCUGUUACAAAUGUGAAAGCUUUGGCCACUGUGCCACUGCGUAGUGAUGGGGAUGGCAUGGAGAUGGAUGAGCCCUCCAAAUCCCCAGAAACAAAUACAGAUCCUUUCAUCAGAAGUAGUCCUGUGCAAGCAAAAUUAAGAAGUAAAUCUUCCACUCCCCAGAAUCCUGGAGUCCUUCAUCUGGGCAAGAUACAGAAAGAAUCAUCGAUGGAGGUGGAAGCAAUUCGCAUAGUAGUUCCCAGGGCUGCCAUCUCACAUGUUGUUCCAGUAAAGGGUACUAAGAUAGUAGACACAGCAAGCAAUCAAAAGGUAGAGAGUACUGUCCAACAAGAAGUACCAGAUGCCCGUCGAGAAAAUGUUGAACUGAAAGCAACUAUUGAAAAAUUGCAGAAUUCAGAGCGGAGACUUCUACAGGACAAGGAGGGGCUUUGUAAUCAACUCAGAGUUCAGACAGAGGUUAAUCGUGAGCUGAAGAAGCUGCUGGUAGCAUCUGUUGGUGAUGACUUGCAGUAUCAUUUUGAGAGACUGUCCCGUGAAAAAAGCCAACUCAUUCUAGAAAAUGAAACACUUUGCAGAAAUUUUGCUCAAAUUUCUGAGCAACUUGAGCGUAUGACAAUUCAGUGUGAUGUGUGGCGCAGCAAGUUCCUAGCAAGCAGAGUGAUGGCUGAAGAGUUAACCAGUGCCAGAGCAACACUUCAGCGCCAAACGAGGGAGGCUCAAGGAGCAAUUCAGGAUUUGCUUAAUGAACGACAGGAGUUUUCACAGCAUAUGCUUGAGACCCACAGGUUAUUAGAAGAACUGUUAGUUUCGUUGCAGUGGGGCAGACAACAGACGUAUUACCCUAGUGCUUUGCCCUUCUCUACUGGUGAGAUUGCUGUGGCUAAUGAGAAGCUGGCCAAAGCGAUCAACUCUCACCUUCUGGGAAAUGUGGGCCCAAGCACCGCAACUAAGGUGUCUCAAACACCUGAAAUAUGUAAUACUCCAGCUGAAAAAAUGGCAGGAAAGGUGCUCAGGAUCUUAGAUCCUACUUCAUGUAUUGAGGACAACACUGACAUUUCAUUAUCUGAAUCUUCAACUAGUCAGCUGCUUUCUAACAAAAAAAGUAUCGGUCGAUUUCAUCCAUAUACAAGAUAUGAAAACAUUACCUUUAACUGUUGCAAUCAUUGCAGUGGGGAGCUGAUAGUUCAGUGAACACUUCCUUUUUAUCUGUAAAUUUUACAGCUUGCUUGGAUUAGCGAAAAAAGGCCUUUUUUUAUUUUAUGUUUUUUAAAGGUACCAACUUUUAUUACACUAGGAGAAUUUAAUGGCAACAAUGUUACAUUGACUUAAAGUAUUUAAUAGAAAGGCAGACGUCUGUUGCAGUAUUAUAUGGAAAGGCAUAUUUAAAUAAGUAUUUUCUUGUUUAUAAAAUUGAAAUUAUAGAUGAUAUUCACAACUUGCUUCUUGAUUAAACUGGGAGCAAGAAUAUUUUUUAGCCCUAAUGCUAGGCUGUUGGCACCAAAACGUACAUCGUCCUGGCAGAAGUUUAAAAUACCUGAUCAUGUUACGGGUAUUUGUGUAGCAUAAUCUUGUAUCAAAUGCAUUGAUUUGUUGUCCGAGUUGAUUAUACCUCCUCCACUUGCUUUACAUUCUUGUUAACCUACCUCCUGGUUUUGAAAAGGUAUUGUUGCAAUAGCAUGAGUAGAAGCUCCAGAUUUUAAUCUUAAGGGUUUUCUUUGAUUUUGAAUCUUAGCAUAGCUAACCCUUUUGCUGUUCUAAUGUGACUGUGUGUUUCAGUGAUAAAAUGUAUCUUGAUAAACUGUAGUUGUACAUACUACAGAUUCUUCAAGUACAAAUAUUUAAAUGGUGUGCUUUUUAAUUGAUUCAAGUCACACCAAGUUCACUGCAGAUCAGAAACUGGGCUGAAGUUGAAAAGGAGUGAGGAAACUUGAAACGAUCACAUAAUAAAGGUAAUGCAUCAAAUGAGAGGUUUUUUGGAAUUGGAGCUGCUAUCAGAUGUGCCCCGCUGCUUCACCCAAAAUAUUAUGAGACCAAAGAACUGCGCAGGAAAAAUCUCGCCUGUAGAAUACAGCUGCUGGGCAGCAUGGUGUCUUGGAAAUCUUAUAAAGAAGCCCAAUCAAGGGUAUUACAACCAUUUUAAAAAUUGGUAAUUACCACUGCAGUGAAAUAUUACCUUGGUGGUCUCAAUCAUAUAAUCUAUUUAAACAGUUUCUCAUCAGAAGGCAUGGAGAGGAUAUUUUAGGAGAAGAACAAAAGAACUGAAAACUGAAUGAACCAGCAUGUGGAAUUACUCUGUUGACUGGAAUUGCUUAACCGAAAUAACAAAGGUCCAGUUACUUUGUAGUACUAGAGCAAUACAUUCUAAAAUAUAAUAUACUGAGAAAAUGUAAAGAUGCAUAAACCUGGUCCUUCUGUAUUUGGUGGAGAAACACCUUAAGUAUUAAGUUUACGUAACAAUCUUAUUUUGUCAUCAUAAAAACUGUGCUGAGCAUGAAAGCAAAGACAUACUGUAUGUUAUUUUUAUUUUAUGUUCUAUACUCCUGGUAUUUUACAUUUAAUAAAAAUGUAAAAUAAAAAUACUUUAUCAGUGCUAAAUCAUAUAUACAUUAAUUGGAAAUAACGAAGGAGCAGCAUUUAGGGACACUUAUUACAUAUACUUUACUGAAACACUUUUGAAUUUCUAUCAGUGCAUUUUUAAAGACUUCAUAAGUAAUAUUCUUAUGGUUCAUAAAUAUCAGAGAAUAAUGUCCAAAAACAACAUGCAUAGAUCAGAUAAAAUGUUUUUGAAAGAUAUUACAGUACCCAAUAAUUCUUGUGCGUUUCAUUUCUUGUACAGCACAGUAUUUUCUCAGCAUCAUGUUAAAAUCUACACUGUGAAUCAAACUGAAAAAGAGUAUUUGAGUCCUGGACGUGUGUUUCUUCGUUGCACCAGGAGUACAUUUUAAAGCUUGUGAAUAAUGCCUCUCCCACACACUGUUAACCAUUUCUGGAAAUGUGUAGUUACAUGCAUUAUCCUUGUAUAAACAAAUAAAGUUUUCUUUGCAAUUGGUUUUAGUUUAAAAAGUAAAUCUAUUUUCAAAGUUUUUUGGCAUAAUGUAAUUUAUAUAUUUAUAAUUAAAAAUGGCAAUAAAUUGUACUGUUGUUAGUUGUUUUUAUGAAUAAAGGGGACUUUUUUUUCUAGUGACCUUGUGUUUGAGAAAAAAAAAAAAAAUAAGUACACUUUUUAUUGGUUUCAGUAAAAUCUCAGAUUUGGUGUUGAAUCAGCAGAAGUAUAAUUACAAUUAGGCAUAUUUCAUGAAAAAAUACUUAAGUAUAAGACUGAAUAAGACUGAAUAUUAAUUUUAUUCCC